CACGCUGACGGGACGUACUGCUCGCGGGAAAUCCAGACUAGCACUAGAAGUCCUCGUUUGUUUAUUUAACGUUAGUUGUUGUUAGUUGUUCGCUUUAAAGUGCUCCUUUGGGAACAUUUUAUCUUUGCUUUAAAUUCAGUAUAAUUUAAAUGUGAUGGUGCAAAUAGUUGUAAGAGCCAGCGUGGACGGCAGCGCUCCUCCUGAUUGGCUGCUGGUGGAGCUGCAAGGGGAGGUGGUGUCGCGACACGACUCCGGUCUGGCAGGAAACGUGAUGGGAGACCUGAUCUACACAAAAGAGGGGGUGCCGGUCAUGAUCGUAGGACAUCACAUUCUCUACGGGAAGCAGGUGAAACUGGAGAAGCCGUUCGCUGUGCUCACCAAGCACCCCGGCCAUCUGGAGGACGGCCAUGACACUAACGGUGACGAUGAUGCCACACAGGUCGUCAUGGAAACCAACCAGCAAGGACCUGCUUCCACCUCUUACUCCGUAACUGCAAUCAUCAAACGGAAACUGAUCUUUAAGACGCGUCCCAAACCCAUAAUCACCAACGUGCCCAAAAAAGUGUGACAGGAAGCUGUUUCCAUAUCCCCGGAAAGACUGGUUUCACUGGUAGAAGGCAGGUGAUGCUCCCAGAAUCACACUUUUAAAUAGUUUCAGCUCCUGUUGUGGGUCUUUUAAGUUUAAAACAGUUUUUUUUUGUAGUCUUGUUCUUUUUUGUACAUAAAUAAAUGUUAU